UUGCCCCCUCUGGCCCAGCCACUGUCUCCUCUGCUGCCCCCAUGGACUUACUGGGCCCCAUGGAGAUGACGGAGGGCUCCCUCUGCUCCUUUGCAGCCGCUGAUGACUUCUACGAUGACCCGUGCUUCAACACGUCGGACAUGCACUUCUUCGAGGACCUGGACCCCCGGCUGGUGCACGUCGGGGGCUUGCUGAAGCCCGAGGAGCACCCGCACCACCACGGGCACCACCACGGGCACCCGCAUGAAGAGGAGCACGUCCGAGCGCCCAGCGGGCACCACCAGGCCGGCCGCUGCCUGCUGUGGGCCUGCAAGGCUUGCAAGAGGAAGACCACCAAUGCCGACCGCCGUAAGGCGGCCACCAUGAGGGAGCGGCGGCGGCUCAGCAAGGUCAAUGAGGCCUUUGAGACCCUCAAGCGCUGCACCUCCACCAACCCUAACCAGCGCUUGCCCAAGGUGGAGAUCCUGCGCAAUGCUAUCCGCUACAUCGAGAGCCUGCAGGCACUGCUGCGGGAGCAGGAGGACGCUUACUACCCAGUGCUGGAGCACUACAGCGGGGAAUCGGACGCCUCCAGCCCUCGCUCCAACUGCUCCGACGGCAUGAUGGAGUACAGCGGGCCUCCUUGCAGCUCUCGCCGAAGAAACAGCUACGACAGCAGCUACUACACAGAAUCGCCAAAUGAUCCAAAGCAUGGGAAGAGUUCUGUUGUUUCCAGCCUUGAUUGCCUCUCGAGCAUUGUAGAGAGGAUUUCCACAGAUAACUCCACAUGUCCUAUACUGCCUCCGGUGGAAACUGUUGCUGAAGGGAGUCCCUGUUCCCCCCCAGAAGGAGCGAGCCUGAAUGAUAGUGGAGCCCAAAUUCCUUCCCCCACCAACUGCACCCCACUUCCCCAGGAGAACAGCAGCAGCAGCAGCAGCAACCCUAUCUACCAAGUGCUAUAAAGGCAGGUCCAGCGGGACUGCACUGGAAACAAAUUGCUCUGCUCAGCCACGCUCCAAGACCUGCCUUCUAAGACUGAAAAGACUUCUCAAGACUUGUUCCAGUUUUAAAAUAUCACUCAAAAUUCCUUCAGAUAGAUAACUUUUCAAACCUGUAUUACUUCAAAAUACACCUAGUUAUUUAUUGGUUGGUAAACUAAAGUUAUUUAAUAUGUCUAGAGAUAAAAUUGUAUACCAUGAAAUGGCCAAUGUUUGAUCUGGGCUUUGGGGAAUAGGAACCUGGCUCUUGAAUGUGGAGGAGAACAGAAAUCUACAACAGUAGUGCCAUGACAGAACCCUCCUAUUACUCCUGUUCUGGCCAAAAUAAGGUUGUGGACCAUUUUUUAUAAAACUUUUUGUAUAAUUGUAAAUAAGAGUUGCUUUGCAAAAAAAAGGAAAAAAAGAGGAAAA